AAAUGUGGUCGGAAUAGUGAUUUAACUUCAUCAACUGUAAAGAGAUUAUUUGAAAAAUUCUGGGAGACUGGGUCAAUUACUGACCUUAAACACUCUGGCCGUCCUUCAAUAAGUUGUUUAACACAAAACAUCGAAACAGUUCGUGACAGUGUUGGUGAGAGUCCGGGAACAUCAGUUCGGUACCUUGGUCAAUAACUGGAGAUUUCGAGAAGUUCUCUACAGCAUAUUCUCAUUAUGGUCCGAAUAGUAGAACAGAAUAGAAUAGAAUAGUCGGAACACAAAACAUCGAAGCAGUUCGUAAGGGUGUUGCUGAGAGUUCAAGAACCGUGGUGAAGAAUUGGACAUUUCGGGAAGCUCUCUACAGCGUAUUCUCACGAAAGAUUUGCAUCUUCAUGUCUAUAAAGUUCAAUUGACUUAAGAAUUGAAGCCUACUAACCACGCAGAGCGAAUAAAUUUCGUUGAAUGGAUUAUGGAACAAGUGGAUGCAGUUUUUUCGAAGAAAAUCAUCUUCAGCGAAUAUGUGUCUCUGUAAACUUAUCAGUGUAAAUGCCUUAUUAGUAUUAUGCAAUGCAAUUUUUGCCAAAGAAGAUCCAAUCGUGGAUACUAAAUAUGGAGUUAUUAAGGGAAAAAUUAUUUGUUCGAGAUCCGGAACGCCAUUCUAUGCUUUCCAAGGGAUACCAUACGCGAAACCUCCGGUAGGAAAUCUUAGGUUUAAGGCUCCUGUAGAACCUAGUAAAUGGCCUGAUAUUCUGACAACACAAGAGAAUGCUCCACAUUGUUUGCAAAAGAACUAUUUAUUUUCAAACCCUAGAGUCAUAGGUUCUGAAGAAUGCUUAUAUUUAAAUGUUUAUACGCCGAAGCUGCGUGCUAGAAGACAAAUCUCUGGUAAACCGCUUCUGCCCGUCAUGGUUUUUAUCCACUGGGGAGGCUUUUUUACAGGAUUUUCCAGUAGUGAUUACUUAGGACCUGAAUAUAUUAUGGAUAAAAAUGUUAUUUUGGUAACGUUUAACUACAGAUUAGGUAUUCUAGGAUUUUUCAGUACAAAUGACGAUGCAGCGCCUGGAAACUAUGGAUUAAAGGAUCAAGUGGCUGCUUUGAAAUGGGUUAAAAAUAAUAUUGAAUAUUUCGGAGGAAAUAGCGAAAGAGUGACAAUUUUUGGACAAAGUGCCGGAGGCGCUAGUGUACAUUUUCAUAUGUUUAGUCCUGAAUCGAAAAACCUAUUUCAUCGAGGCAUCAGUCAAAGUGGCACUUCUCUAGCAUUGUGGGCGAAACCUUUGUCUGAAACUCAAUUAAUAUUAGCUCAAACUCAAGCAACUUUAAUGGGAUGCCAAGAACUAGAGAAUACCACGGUUUUAGUGGAAUGUUUAAGGACUAAAAACGCAGAGAAACUUGUUGAAAGCGGCGACAAAUUCAAGUUUUUUUCUGUCGACCCACUAAAUGUAUAUCUACCUUCUAUAGAACAAAAAACUGAAAAUAACCCGAAUCCCUUCAUUACUAAACAACCAAUUGAGUACAUAAGAAGCCAAGAAUUUUAUAAAGUACCUUGGAUUGUUGGAGUAGUCACUGACGAGGGACUUGUUAGAGCGGAAGCAAUUUUAAGGCAGUCGACAACAAGAAAAGCAUUAAAUAAGCAUUUUAACACGUUGAUGCCAGAAUUGAUAGCCUUAUCUAUGAGUACGCCGUCCAGUAACGUAUCAAGAAUAUGGACCAAAAUAAAGGAAUUUUAUUUUAGAGGCACAAAGGAAAUAAACAUUACUGAUCCGUAUAAUGUGAAGGCACUGAUAGAUUUGUACUCGGAUCGAUCAUUUUCCUAUUCCACCUAUCAGGCUGCUCUAUUUCAUAACCUGAAAGGGCAUAAAGACAUAUGGUUUUAUAAUUUCAAUUACACCGGUCAAUACUCCUAUGGGGAUGUGUUUGCAGCCACUAAUGAAAAUAUUAACUAUGACUGGGGUGUCAGUCACUGUGAUGACUUAUUAUACCUUUUUAAUUCAUCCGCACUGUUUCCGAUAGUUGACAAUAAUAAUGAUAAAGUGAUGAUAAAAACAAUGACAGAUUUAUGGACCAACUUUGCGAUAUACGGCCAUCCAACGCCAAUCAACAGUUUAACGACCAACUGGCAAAAACUGAAUAAUAUCAGAUACGGAACAUUAGAAAAAGAAAUAUAUUAUAUGAAUAUCAAUGGUAGCUAUAAAGACACAAACCCUCCCACACUGAACAUGAGAAAAGGAUUUUACAAAGAAAGGUUUAAAUUUUGGGAGGAGAUACCGCUGGCAGAAAACAUAGAGGAGCUGGAUCAAAUCCACAUUGAAAUGUAAACAUAGAGAAAAUGACUAAAGUUUAGUGACUAAG